UUGGACCAGAACGUCAUACAAUGAUUAAAAUAGGUAAGUGAGACUCGCUCGUGAUCACAUAUAUUUCGUACUUAUCAUUUAAUGCUAUAAAAAAUAUCAAUAAGGUCAAGUAUCAAAAUAUCAAAUCUUUGUGAAAUAUCAUUUCCUGAAACAGACUAUAGUCGAAGAGUGAAGUUGAUCUGACAAGUCACAUGACUAGGCGCCAUUUUGGAAGUCAUUUAUAAGAAGAUGAGGAUUUGACAACUUGGAAUCUCAAAGUAGGAUCACAAUGGUGGAAGUGGAAGUGACAUUUGAGUAUGUAGCAGAACAGGAAGAUGAGCUCACCAUUAAAGUUGGAGACAUCCUCAAAAAUGUCACUAUGUCUGAGGGAGGCUGGUGGGAAGGGGAACUCAGCGGCAAAGUGGGCAUGUUCCCAGACAACUUUGUCAAGGUAAUAGAAAAACCAAAGCCUGCCAAGGUAAAGGAAGACCCACCACUAGCUGCUAGGAAAGAGAUCAACAAACACAGAGGGGCAUCAGUCCGUGAGCUCGCCAGUAAGAUAAAAGAUGAUGUACAUGUAGGAAUGGGAGCUCCCAAAAAGAAAGAAUCUCAACCCAGUGUCAAGAGAAAAAAAGCAAAGGUGCUAUUUUCUUACGAGCCAGAAAAUGAGGAUGAACUGAAGUUAGAUGUGGGGAACAUAGUAGAAAUUUUAAAACAGGAUGAGGAAGGAUGGUGGGAAGGCAGUGUGAAUGGAAAGACUGGCAUGUUCCCAUCUAACUUUGUGGAAGAGAUUGAAGAAAUAGAGCCAGAAAAAACUCCUGAGGAGAAGCCUAAAGAAGCACCUGUUGAAGGCAAAAAGAAGCUGAUUGGAGGGGUGGGCUUAGGCAAUAUAUUUGAAGGAGGACCAAUUAAACUCAAAACCACAAGUGUAAAGAACACUGACAAGGUUUCACAUCCACCCCCAGAUCCAGUAGUCAGACACACUGAAGAAGAAACCAAACCUCAUCCAGUCACGAAGCGUGAAAAACCUGGUGUGCAUGACCUUACCCCCAUUCCAGCACCCCGCCCAUCCCAAGCAUGUAGCCCCACCCCUCAGCCCAGAACUUAUUACACUUCAGACUCCUAUCCUGGGGACAAGGGCUCCCACAACUCAGACAAAAGCAGUCAGGAGAGCUCCCAUACAGAUCUGGAGGGGAGGGAAGGGGUGGAGGCUCAGGAUAGCUGGGUCAAUAUCUUGUUUAGUGAGCAGGGAUCAGAUGAUGAAAAUGACAACAGAGAGGUGCAGUUUGAGCGUCUUGUGAAAAAAGAGAAUGAGUCAGAUGUAGAUAAGGAGACAAACCAGAUACAAACAGAUGAUGUGAUACAAGAAGGUGAAGAAAUAAGUAACCAGUACCCAUCCUACACCAUCCGCUGUGGUCUGGAUAAACUAUCCCUCAUGCAGCUCACACAAACAAAGGACUUGACCGAGGAGACACUGAUAGAGUACGCAGAUGUGGAAGUGGAUGAAGAGAACAAGGAGAAUAUGAUGUCAGGGAGAUGUGUAUCCGCCAUAGCAUCACUUGGGAGUGGAGGGAGUCGUACCUCAGUCCUAGUGUCAGGUAGACACAAUACCAGUAAUAACAACAAUAUACACAUCAGCAAUAAUACAGAACUCAAGUCACACUCCAAGUCUGUCAACAGUUUAAAGUUAAAUACGUCCAUGGAGAAGCAGAACUUGGACAAUUCUGUGUAUAACACGAGAGUAGGGAGCUGGCUGUCAGAUGAUCACCAAUCACCAACAGGCUCUGCCACCUCUGUGGCUGCAGUCUCCGGCAGAAAGAAGGAGUCGCUUUUUAAACGUGUCAUCAAAUUGGACAUGUUUCGCAAGCGGUCCAAGUCAGUGAUGCCCUACAAUGGGAAGGACACAGAAGGAAAGCAAACUGAGAUCUGUAAAAGACAGAUACCAUCACUGACAGAACUCUGCAGGAACAAGUUGACACCAGACUGCCCAGAUCCAGUUCGUACUCCUCUCAAGGAGAUCACAAGUUCGCAUGUCAAUGAAGAGCAGGAUCCUGAUCAGUUAGGGUGCUUUGAAGUGUCAGUGGAUUCCCUUGACAGGGUAGUGGGGAGUGAAGAAGCAGCCACUAAAAAGAAGACAAAUGCUAUCCCAGAGAUGUUCUCCGAGGACAGUGAAUCACUCCUGACCAUCAUAAUGAAUCGGGACGAUCUCAAUAAUGAGGAGGUCAUCUGUAAUAAGGAUGAGGACGGUGUUGGAGGUCAGUGUUCUGACAUUCAAAAUAUUGCGAAAGGCUUAGCACUGGAAGGCGACCUGUAUAACCCUGCAAGAGAUGAUCACAGAGAUAAGAUAGCAAGGGACUCCUACCUAGGAUCUCUCAACAGGACUGGCCAGUUGUCUCCCUUUAUAAGAAUGAUUGCCAGUCGUUACCACUUGUUUGAUCCUGUAACACAGAAAUGGAAGGAGGGAUACAUGGAUGGACCUGAGUACCUGGACUUGUCUGAAAGCUCUUCACCAGAUUACCUUACUCAAGGCAGUCUCUCACCAAACUCUGCUGUGAGUCAACAGGCAAGUCCCUGUCCUGUUCCUCUGGUGGCCACAUGUUCACAGGUGCCACAGGUUGAGAACGAUCAGCAUCAUAAGGCCUCCCCUAUGUUACCAAGCUAUAAUAUACUGCCUCCUGGCUCUGUGAAAGAGAAGGUCUUCCUCUAUGAGCACCUCUAUGUGAAUGAGCUGGUAGAUCAAGUGAUUGAGCGGACGAUGCAUGGCCUCUGUGUAGAGCAGUGUCUGGAGGAGCUGGGAAAGUCAGGCCAUCACCCAGAGUUAUGUCGACAAUUAAUGAUGGAAUACAGUCAGUACAGUGAAGGCACGAUUCCAGCCUCUCAAAGGUCUGAGGGGGAGAUAUCACCUCAGGGAUCAGAAGUGGAGUUAUCUCCUGAGGGAUCAGUAGGAGAGGUUAUAACCUCUAAGGGAUCUGAUGGUGAGAUAUCUUCAGAAUGUGAGGAUGGCUGUAUUCAGUCAAGUGAAAUGUGUCAGAGUCAGAUUGAGUAUUCUUUGUGCUCCGCCAUUACCGAUGUUGUCAUGGACACAGAUUACGCCACAGCCAUGUCUGACAUGGACACAGAUGGGUCCUAUGUGGUGUCUACUCUCUCCAACGCAGACCUCAAUACCAGCCUCCCUGAACCUGAAGACAGAGGUCAAACACCAGUAGGAUUUAAUGCCUCUGGGGAGUAUGUAGACCUGCCAGAACAGCUGAUACACUGCAGUGGCUAUUAUAACCACUCACACCCUGCAGUUAAGCCUUGUGAUAAUCCAGUACUACUACAUCAAAAAAAUAUGGAUGGUCCGUGGGUUUCGCCUGUUCACACACGACUCAGAAUGGGCACAGGAGCAUGUCCAAGGACGGAUACGUUUCCACUCACACAGGAUAGUCAGGAUCUGUAUACUCAGAGUUGUAGUAUAGGAACCCAGACCCCAGACAUUGUCGGUCGACCAACCACAGUCGACAACACCCCAACAAAUAGAUCAACAAUCAGUUAUGGGCUUGGUGUGUCUGGACACACAGAGGACCGAGCAUCCUCUCCUAUCAAGGAGCUACUGAGUUACGAUACAACACUAGAGGACAGCUGGAAUACCUCUGACCUUCUUGGGUCACCUGCCAAGGUCAAGGAAAGACCUCGUUACUCAAGCUCUCCUAUUAAAACCUUUGUGGUGGAGGAAGAUAAGAGAGGCAAGAGGAAGCUGGAGGAUGUGAGUUACAAGCAUGGCAAGGUACACUGCUCUGAUGCCUGGCUGACAAGGAACCACAGUCUUCCCCGACGUGACAGAAGUAAUCACUCUCUAGCAUCAAGAUCCUCGUCCCUGGAUGUGAACACAGAGGAGACCUUCAAUGUGCAUGACUGUACAGAGAAAAGACGGAAACGUUUUUCCUGGAAGAAAAUGUUCCAAUCCAAAGUCAAGGAACCUGUUGUUCUUAUCUCUUACAGGAAACGGUCAGACCAGGAGUUGGAGGAAGAUCUGAUAAAAGGCCCUCUAAUCCUUAAUGAGGAGGGAAAAGAUGUCUCAAUGGAAUCAGGGAGGACCAAACCUCUGAACUCUGGUAAUCAUGCUUUGUAUGUUAAUCAGGUACAUCAAGACCAUCCAUCAAUAUUCUAUAGGACUAAGCCCUUCUCUGAGGACCUUAAUACAGUGGAGACAUUCUUCUCUCAUGAUCAGGAUGAGCCCCAUAGUCUUGAUCAGUGCAGAACUCAAGGACCAGAUAUUCUCAUUCAGGACAGAGUUCAGCUUUCCCAGGCUGCCCUCGAGGAGGAAGAAGGAGACGAGUCAGAUGGAGAGCAAUACAGUCUGUGUGACAUGGAGAUUGAUGAGGAGGAGGAGCAGGCAAGGAUUGAACGAGUUAGAGACACCAAGGGGCAUUGUGGGCAGUGUGACCUUAGUGACCUUCACAUCCAUGGUCAGGGUAUGAUGUCACAAAGUACUGCACAUUCAGACAUACUGGACCCCAGUAAGGAGGCUUGGAGAGCUGGCCCAAGUGGAUUGAACCAGAAGUCCCUGCCUGAUGAGGACAGUGAUGAUGAAGGUGACAGUGAGGGGGUGUCCCUAGACUCGCCCAACAUCAGUCCCAGUCUCGCCAUUGCCAUUAGGAACAACAUGGUUGCCACUCCUGAAUCACCCGAGAUUAACCUUGACUCGUUCCUACAGGAGGCGUUACGUCCUAUUGAUGACCUAUUGGAAGAGUCAGCAGAGGGUGUCGAUCUAGAAGAGGAGAUAACUCCACGAAUUGACAGCCAUGUUCUUCAUCCUUAUACUUCAGAGUUACCUGAAAAAUAUCCAGGUUUUACAUACAUCUCUCCCUCUAUGGAAAACAUCCUGGCUAUGUAUGAAGAUGAGUCUCCUUACGAAUCACAAUAUAUCCAAAAGGGACAAGGGGAUGUACUCGCAGCCAAAGAUAGCUGUCAAGCUGAAACAGACACUAGCUCUUUGUCCCUAGAAUAUGUUCUGUGUCUAGAGAGGAAGUUCCAAGAGGAACUCGGUUCUGAGCUUGAAUUCACACCACAAAAUACUCCACUAAACACGCCACAGCACACACCGAGGGAAGAUAACGUGGAAAGAUAUCCAAGUUUUACCUUUGUAGGAGAGGAGGUGUCACAAGCUGGCUGUUUUGGGGAAGUGUCUCUGGAUUGUUGUGAUAGAGAGGCAGGCAAGUCCAACCUGAGUAGCAGUGCUGAGGGACUGUAUGACUAUGGUGAGGACACUUUCGAGAGCUCGGACAGUGAAGAAGAAAAAGAAGCUCGGACAGUAACUGAAAAAAGAAAUGUUUAUGUUCCAGUAGAUGAUAGCGAGGAAAUUGAGGAAGUCAUCGAGGUGGACUGUCCCCUUCACCAGUCUACAAAUGAUUCAUUAGGAUUGGAUAUCCAGAGUUUUCUAGAUGGUACAAAAAGUGAAGAGUCCUACUUAGUGUUUGAUUCGGACACGGAGAGGGUUCCAUCCUUUAUCACUGAGUAUGUGAACAUCCCGCCCACAGACCAUCACACAGAUAUGCUUGGAGCAUGUGCUCUGCCUACACUGGAAGAUCAAGUGCAGAACCUAGAAAGGGGAGAUAAUCAGGAUAGUAUGGACCCAGAUUCUAGAGGGCGCUCAAGCUACUGCUUUUUAGGGCCAUCAACAGAAGUGAUAGAAGAUAAUGGACUCAGUGACAGUGGUCUACUUUUAUCCUUCAGCUCCAGUCCAGACAGCUCCAGUAGUACCAUUAAUGUGUGAACUACAACAAUGACUCAGGACAUACCAUUAAUGUGUGAACUACAACAAUGACUCAGGACAUAUCAUUAAUGUGUGAACUACAACAAUAACGCAGGACAUACCAUUAAUGUGUGGACUACAACAAUGACUCAGGACAUACCAUUAAUGUGUGGACUACAACAUUAACUCAGGACAUACCAUUAAUGUGUGGACUACAACAUUAACUCAGGGCAUACCAUUAAUGUGUGAACUACAACAAUAACUCAGGACAUACCAUUAAUGUGUGAACUACAACAAUGACUCAGGGCAUACCAUUAAUGUGUGGACUACAACAAUAACUCAGGGCAUACCAUGAAUGUGUGAACUACAACAAUGACUCAGGCCAUACCAUUAAUGUGUGGACUACAACAAUGACUGAGGACAUACCAUUAAUGUGUGGACUAUAACAAUGACUCAGGACAUACCAUUACUGUGUGAACUACAACAAUAAC